UUUCCACCGCGAGGGAGCGGCGCGUGUUGCCUUCGCUGCUCUCCGGAGCCGCGAGCUCGGCGCCGUCGGAAGCGGCUCACCACCCGCAGCGCCGAGGCAGCUCAUGGCUCCGCGUUUCGCUGCACGCAGCGCCCCGCGCGCGGUCUCGGUGCCCCACCUGGGCCCUGGGGGGAGGCUGCGCUUCCUGGCAGCUGCGCUGGGGCGCGAGUUAAAGACGGCCUUUUUUUUUUUUUUGGAUCGUGUUAAACUUCUGAAAACUCUUUGCGGUUUGUGCAUGACGCUUCCCUGCUUUGGAAACCCGGCUCGAAACGCUGCUUCGCCGCGGGUCGCCGUCAGCCCGGAGCCGUGCUUCCCGGGGGUGCACGGUGCGCGCUGCCGUGGGGCACCGGCCGCGUGCGUCGCUCGUCGUGUGCCGCUGCGCAGGGCGGGAGCUGCAGCCCCUCGCUGCACCGCGGGAAUAGCAACGUUCCCGCCAGGAAAGGCGACGGGAUGCACGAGGCGACCUCGUCCGCGCUGCAGAGCAGAAAGCGCCGGGUCUCUGGUGGCCGCCUGCGUUUCGGCAUGCAGCUUGGCUAGCAGCAGGAUGACGGUGCCGGGGAAAGCGCGUGGACAUCCAGUUCCUCGCACUCGCAUUCAGCGCCCGCCCAGGCCGUAUAAUCACAAAGAGCUUGAAAUCCCUCCGUGACCCGAGGGUAGGAUUGCAAAACCUGCGCUCCGGACGGGACGGGAGCGAAGGGGAGGGCGCGGGGAGCUGUGCCAGUCUUCCUAGGAGCCCUGUGUAAGCGGCAGAGCAGGAGGCUUGUGGAAACAGCAGACUUCCUGCUGGAAUAUCCCGCCAAGGAGCAGAAAAGCCAUCCUAGUGCCAGAGGGAGUCUCCGAGGAGUUUUAUGUAAGGUGCCCGUAGGGUUGCAUGCUCGCUCGCCGAAAGCUGAAGCGUGGUCGCACGUCGGUCUCCGGCCUGCGCGGAGAGCAGGAUGCGGGUCACCAUGAGGCGAGUGCUGCUGGCGGUGGGCUCGGUGGUCGCCCUGAUGGUCACGCUGCACCUCGGCCAGCAGGUCCUGGAGUGCCAGCAGGUCCUGAGCGAGAGGCGGCACAGGCUGAUGAGGCCCGAGAGCGAGGAGCUGGUCAUGGUGGACUCCAACCACGUCGAGUACCGUUACAGCAAGGAGAUGCCUCUGAUAUUUGUCGGCGGGGUCCCGCGAAGCGGCACGACGCUGAUGAGAGCCAUGCUGGAUGCCCACCCCGAGGUCCGCUGCGGGGAGGAGACCCGCAUCAUUCCCCGCGUGCUAGCCAUGCGCCAGGCCUGGUCCAAGUCGGGGCGGGAGAAGAUGCGCCUGGACGAGGCAGGAGUGACGGACCAAGUUUUGGACGCUGCUAUGCAGGCCUUUAUCCUGGAAGUCAUCGCCAAGCAUGGCGAGCCGGCCAGGUAUUUAUGUAACAAGGACCCUUUCACUUUGAAGUCCUCUGUCUACCUGUCCAGACUGUUUCCCAAUUCCAAGUUCCUCCUCAUGGUUCGAGACGGCCGGGCGUCUGUCCACUCGAUGAUCACAAGGAAGGUGACGAUCGCGGGCUUUGACCUCAACAGCUACCGAGACUGCCUUACCAAGUGGAACAAAGCCAUCGAGGUGAUGUAUUCGCAGUGCUUGGAGAUCGGGCGGUCGCGGUGCCUGCCGGUGUACUACGAGCAGCUCGUCCUGCACCCCGAGCAGUCCCUGCAUGCCAUCAUGAAGUUCCUAGAUAUCUCCUGGAGCGACGCGGUGCUGCACCAUGAGGAGCUGAUUGGGAAGCCCGGUGGAGUGUCUCUUUCCAAGAUAGAAAGAUCAACAGACCAGGUUAUCAAGCCUGUGAACCUGGAGGCGUUAUCGAAAUGGAUCGGGCACAUCCCAGGGGAUGUGCUGCAGGACAUGGCCCACAUAGCGCCGAUGCUCGCCAGGCUCGGCUACGACCCGUACGCCAACCCGCCCAACUACGGCAACCCCGACCCUUUGGUGGUCAACAACACGCACAGGGUUUUGAAGGGGGAUUAUAAAACGCCAGCCAAUUUGAAAGGUCAUCUUCAGGUGACUCAGAAUACAUCAUCUUCUCACUAAUAAAUUAAUGAUUUCCAGAAUGCUGCAAAUGGCCUUCUGUUGUCCAACAAGGAAGAGUUUGCAAUUGCAGAAGUGGAAAUCUGUUAUCCAAGCAUAUUGCUUGCUAAUAAUAUUGCCAAAAUGACUGCUGUACAAGGAAUGUAUUUGCAUUUAUUUGCAAAGGCCAAACAUUUUACACUUUGAGUAUCAGUUGUCUGCCUUUUCUGAAUGCUCCGUGGUAGAAGAAUCUGUGGAAACGAGUAUCUGACUGCAACUUCACAGUGCAUUGGAAAGAGAUUUUAUAUUCAAUUACUUGAGAACUUCUUAAGGCUGUAUUUAAGUGUCUUGUAAUGCUGUUCUCUAAUUCGCAAAUCGGAAAUAGGUGUAAUAACCCUGUAGAGCAUCUCGUGUACAAGUGACAAUCUGAGGCCCGCCUCCUGCCCUUCCUUCACCUGUAAUUUACAGAAUCUAUUUAAGAAUUAAUAUAUGAGGCCA